AUGACGCAGGAAACCACCCCUCAGCAAAAUGGCGAGCCGGCAGGCCUUUCGUCUCGCCAACGCGCCAGGAAGAACCGCAGUGGCGAGAACGCCGCGCGCGUUAUCAGGGGACUGGAUCUGCUGAGCGAUAGCGGCGAGCGGCGCCCGAACACCGGCCGCCUGCACUGCCCCCCUCCUCACAACAACUUCAGCUCUCCGAGGGAGUUCUUCGCCGGUCCCAGUCAUCCGCCGCGCCUAUUUACGGGCAUUCGCCGCUAUCCCAACGGUAACCGUGACUCGGUAGGUGCCAUGCUGACGGAUGAGUACUUUAUGACCAACUAUGACGACUCCACCAUCACGGGUCGCAACGGUGGUGCGCUGAGGAGAGGGUCUUCGCGCAGCCCUAUGCGUGGUGGCAGUGGGGCCUACGGCUCCGUGGCCAAGCGAGGCGAGGGUGCGUUACGCCAGAAGAAGGCUCACAGGCGGGCCAACUCUAUCAACGGCGCCACAGCGCAGUUUCGCUGCCGAGACGGCCUAACAAACAACUGCAUUGUCACGGCACCGGAGGCACCCUGGCGCUGCGGCGUGAAAAUCACGCACCCGCAGGGUGGAAUGGAUGCGCCGUACUUCGAGGACAACGAUCCACGCCCGCCACGCAACGUCCCUCCGGUGACCGGCAAGCGCCACGUGCCGCCGCCGCAGAAGGACGCGAAGAUGUUCGGCCAGGUUCCUCCGCCGAAGGAGGGCGAGGAUGUGUUCCAGAGCUCGCUGCCGCCGUGCCACAAGACGUCUAACAAGGCGAACGAGUCUGUUGAUGUGCUGAACCUGCACUACUACACCGCUGAUGAGCUUAACGAGAAGCCACACCCGGUCAAGCAGCUGGGCCCCCGCAAGUGCGAAUCUCAGGAACUGCCACCGAGGAAGCCGCCCGUGAUUAAGCCUAUCAACACCCCAGCGAAACAGGAGCACGACGUGCUCGGCACGGGCCGCUGGGGUUUCCCGGAGAAGGAGCACCCGCGCGGCCUCGCCCGUGGCUUGUGCCGCCCGCCGCAUGACACGGCUAACCUGUUCUACGGUGGCAUGCUCCUGGCGGACGACAACGCCGGCUCCGCGCGUCACCAAGAGUCGGUUGGCAGCAAGCCCGGCAGCUUGAGCGCCCGCACGGAUCAGCGCCAUCCCCGCGCGAUGGACUCUCGACGCACCCGCAGCCCCAGCGGCAGUGUGAGCGCUCGCACGGAUUCGCGUUACCCGGCCCAGGGCUCGCGCGUGGCUGCGCAUCCGUCCCGCCAGGGAGAAGCUCAUCAUGGCAGCAGCCGCAGCAGCAGCCCGAAGAAGCGGGCGGACCCCGUGUUCGACGACAACUACCGUCCGCACAGGAUGGUGUUCAAGAAGAAUGCCGGUGACCCGAACAUCCUGCACUACUACGACCCCAACAUCGACUCGAUGCCGGCGGCGCCCCCGAGGCGCCCGAUCCCGCGCUCGAACAUGGAAAGCCACCUCGACGACCUGAACACGCCGCACACCAUCGGGAGGGCCCGUGGUGAGUUCUGCAAAAACUCCCGGUCGACCAUCGCUUUGGUUUAA